UUCACCCUCUGAACCAGACGACACCACUAGCGAGCUUACCAGAUUACUCGAACCCAUAGACAGCCUUUCGUUCAUACCCGGGAUCCAUUACUAAAAAGCUAUAUUCGGAGACAUUUUAUUGGAUAUUAGACGAGUGCAUCACACCACCAAUUGGUGCAUUAAUACGCUAUUGAGUUUCCCCUGACCGCGUCACGUUUACAGCUGAUGUUGUGUCAAACUCGCGACGCUUCAAAACUUUUCUCAUGGGACUGUUUUAGCUUUCAAAAUCGCAGAAAAUUGUUUUACUCAAUCUUGUGUUUGACAGAGUGUUUGCAAAUGUCUUAUUGACAGUUAAACCAUACGAAUGAUAGUGGACGAUUGUGUUUUUGUGAGUAUCGGGAAUCAAUUCGAUAUAUUUACGUCAGAUUUGUAUGGAAUAAAGAAAUCUUCUCAUCGGUUUGGAUAAGCAUUUUAUUCCUUGUUUGGACCAUGAUCACGAUGAGGUGGAUACGUGGACCAUGCCUUCUUCUCUUCGCUUUGAUAAUUGCCCAGUACUCUCGAACAAAUGGAGAAGAAAUCGUCAUCAUCAACUCCACGCCGCUAGUGACGGGAGCCGUCACCCGGUUGGUAUGCCUCGAUGCGAGCGGGCAGCUAAGCGGAGAUGAGCUGUCUGUUCAGAAGGUGCUACCAGCGGACGAAGGGCUACCCGUCCCAGCCGCUCCUUCCCUGGUCGACCCGGGUCAUCUGGUAGCGGAUUGGAACGCCAGCUGGGCAGAUACCCGGUAUGGCGUCUACUCCUGCCACGGUCUCGACGAGGCUCAUAAAGUCAUGACGGUCAAGAUCAAUAGAGAUGCCCAGAUCAAACCUGAACACUUCACCAUGACGGCCAGCCCUGGCGAUAACAUAACCAUUACCAUGCAGAUAACGACCCGAACCCGCACCCCUGAUUACCUCAUCUGGGCACACGACGAACUACCACUCCCCUAUAACGCAACCCGCUUCGGAUUCAACGACAGGUACAUUAUACCAGCGGUGGGGCAAGGAGAUGCGGGCAUCUACCAGGCGUACCCACCCGAUGACCACACCCUAGGCGGCUACAUGAGACUCAUUGUCAGGGGUUGCCCUGCUGAACGUUGGGGCACUGGAUGCACCAACGAAUGCCCGACAUGUAGUAACGGAGGAGAGUGCGAUGACGUCACAGGGGUGUGUGUUUGCCCCCCUGGGUUCCACGGUGAUACCUGUGAAAUAGGUUGUGGUGCGAACGUGUAUGGAUCCAGCUGCGAGCAUGAGUGCACAGGUAACUCAUGUCGGUUCAUGCAGUUCUGCCUGCCCGACCCUUACGGGUGCUCUUGCGCCACUGGCUUCGCUGGCCUCGCCUGUAAUAAAGCUUGCCCGGAUGGUCAUUACGGUGCGGGAUGUCUCCAGACAUGUCACUGUGAAAAUGGGGGAUUAUGCGACCCUUACGCCGGGUGUUUGUGUGUUGGCAACUGGACCGGACCCACAUGUGAAAUAAAGACAUGCCCGGAUGGCACCAUUUAUGGCUCUCUCUGCGCAGACUCCGGAGAGUGCCAAAAUGGCGGGACGUGUGACCCUUGUCUUGGUUGCCUUUGUACCGAGGAUUUGGCGGGACCAACUUGCCAAGAAAAAGCAUUCUAUUUCAACACAUCCCAUGAUGUAGCAAUGGUAGAUGAAACCCGAGUACAGCUGAUAUGCGGUUGCACGUCUGCGGUUCCCGCCAAUCAAUGUCCUGCAUUUGAAAUCGAGCGAUUAAAUCCAUCCAAUAUGAUUGGUAUGGGGGAAGAUUAUUCCUUUCCUACAAGCACGAGCCUGGGGUUGUCCUUUACCCCUGUCGGUUCGAUUGGUAACUGGAACUUCCUGUGUCGUCCCGUUAACUUCCGGGGUCAAGAUACAUCCCUAACCCUGAAGGUGAACGUUACAGGUGACCCACCACGGAUAAGGGAGUUCCGGUUAGCGGAAGUCGUCAACCUCGACCAGAGAGCGAAAUUCCAUUGUAAGGUGGAAGGAUUAUCCUACCAAGACGUGAACGUAACACUGUUAACCCCUUCAAGCAACGUGAUAGAAUCCGGUGAACCCGUCGGGCUUACGAGCUCCCCGACCUUUCUAUUCUCCAUCCCUGGGGUGACGAAGGGAGAUGAAGGCACCUAUCACUGCAUAGCGAAUGGAAUAACGGGAUCAGACCAGCAAGAGUGCAGCCUCGAGGUCUUCAUUCAACCCGUGCCCGUGAACAGCCCUAUCAUAGUGGACACCAACUCUCGCGCUGUGGAGAUCAACCUUAACAUCGACGAAUACACCGGCGACGGACCCAUCCAGGGCGCUGAGCUCCAGUUAACACGAGUCGGCGGCGAUGCUUGGACACCGAUGACGGUCCCUAUCGAUGACGCGAUAGCCGUCUUCGUGCCUAAUCUCGUCCACAAUCAAGAUUACGAGGUCCGUGUGGUCAUAUGGCGACGAGGAACUGGUGGGCGAGGAACCUACGGUCCCACGACAUCAUUCACGACCACGUGUUCGAGACCAACGACUGAAUUUAGGUUGAAACUAACGGCGCCUAUCGAAGAAUGGUCAUCAAUCGAAUUAAAAUGGACGCAAAUUCGUGAUACCGGGGACGAGCUGAGCGGUUUUCGGAUUGAAUACCAGAAGUCAGGAGGUAGUGUAAGGACUGUUGAGAUCCCCGACUCGGGUACUCGGACUCACAAACUCACCGGUUUACUUGCAAAUACCCAUUACACGGUCAUUCUGAUACCCUUCAACUGCGGCGGUGACUCCGUAUCGACGCUGUCGAGCGCCACAACCAGACAAGGACCUCCUGGGCCUGUGGGUAACUUCCAGCUGACCGUGACGUCAUCGGACACGAUAACGGCUAGUUGGCGUAUCCCUGAGGAAACCAGAGGUGACAUCGUGCACUACUCUAUCAAGGUCUUUGAGAAGGUUGAUGGUGUUGUCAGUGACACAGCCCACUGGGAUGAUACAACUCAAAAUACAGUGUCUCAGAUCUUUAACCUCAAGCCUUACACGUCGUAUGUAGUAGAGGUAUAUGCACGUACCGUAUUAGUAGGCGAAAUCAGCAGGAAAGAAGUCACCACAAAGGAAACAGCUCCUAGUGGACCGCCUUCUACUCCAUCGGUUAUCGGUCAGACAAUGGACACCAGAAUGUCCUUUGCGUGGCGCCCGCCUCCGGUGGACCAGCGGAACGGUGUGAUCAUCGUCUACGAGUGGAACGUCAUGUACGUGACGACCGAUGGCGUAUACCAGAGCGACGUUGAGAACGUGACGGAGACGUUGGCGACAUUGACGAACCUGAUCCCGAAUAGGAGAUACACCUUCAAGGUCCGAGCCUUCACGUUGGAAGGACCGGGACCCUUCACGCCAUCGAUCAGCCACAAAACACUCACUACAGAAGAAGCAGCGAAGUACCUCACCACACCACCUAUUGCAAUCACUGUUAGGGGAAAUCCAGACCUGCCCAACGAAACAGGUGGUCGAACGGGACCUUCAAUUAGUGAGAACAAGGCCAGUGGUGGAAUAUCAAGCAACACCGUGCUCGCCCUCGGCCUCGUUUGUGUCUCAAUCAUCAUCAUCGUCGCUAUCGUCUUCGGAGGCUGGAUGUACAAGAAGAGGAAGACGGCAGGGAGUGUGGAGUUCGUUGCGAGCAUCGCCGGAUCGGAGAUCGGUACUUACCGGUUUAAUGAAAUGUUGGCCCGACAGCAGUCCGCUCAGUCCGCUACAAAUGACUACGACGAAAAUAGCCGUGGACUGAUGUUGGGUGCCAUGGCGUCACCCCCUGGAUCACCUCUGCCGCCGAUAGACUACUGGAGAAUCCCGCUCGACUGCCUAACGCUCGAGAACUUCGUCAUCGCUGAAGGUAACUUUGGCCAAGUGAUGAAAGCGACGGUGAAGAAGGACGGAGGCGUCAUCGAAGUCGCCGUCAAGACGCUGAAAGAUGGGACAUCUGAAGCAGAUCGCAAAGACUUUAUGGGAGAACUUGAGAUUAUGUGUAAAGUAGGAACACACCCCAACAUUGUGAACCUGGUAGGGGCAUGUGAACACCAAGGUAUCCUUUAUGUUGCGACUGAGUAUGCUCGAUAUGGCAACCUACUCAAUUUCCUACGAUCCAGUCGUACUAUUGAGGCCGAUUCGCCGUUCCCUUCGAGUCCGACUAGUCGCUUUAAAGUCAACGUGUCCACGAGUUUGACAGCGGAGCAGAUUCUUGGAUUCGCUGCUGACGUAGCCCUGGGCAUGCAGCAUCUGGCUCAGAAAGGGUGUGUGCAUCGUGACUUGGCUGCCCGCAAUAUCUUGGUCUGUGAUAACUACGUUUGCAAAGUCACCGACUUCGGGUUAUCAAGGAGUGAUGAAGUUUAUGUAAAGACCACUGCAGGUCGUUUGCCAGUUCGUUGGAUGGCCAUAGAAUCCCUGAACUAUAGUGUCUACACUACCAAGAGCGAUGUAUGGUCGUUUGGAGUUCUUUUGUGGGAGAUUUGUACCCUGGGUGGGACACCUUACCCUGGCAUGACGUGUGCUGAGCUGUACGAGAGGUUGCCCCUAGGGUUCCGCAUGGAAAAGCCUCUCAAUUGCGAAGAUGAGGUGUACAACAUCAUGCGUCAUUGCUGGCGUGAUCGACCCCAUGAUCGACCCACGUUCGAUCAACUUUACACAGUACUGUCUGGACUCGUCAAGGCAAAACAGCCCUACGUAAAUUUGGACAAACUUGAAAACGAUCUUCAGUUCUCCGAGCUCAACUCAGAUGAAGACUUCAAACACGAUAGCUGGGCUAUGUGAAAAACUUCCAUGAUAAAAAAACAAUCUUAAGAUCCCCCUUGUUCCAACAUCGCGAACCAACCCGUCAACUCGGUAUGAAUGGUACUAAUGAUGUCUUCAUCGUUCCACCCUAGCCUGCACGUCGAUCAUGCGAAGAGAGUUGACAUGUUUUAUCCAGCAUAAAUGACCGAGUUGGACAUAAACCAGUUUAUUGUCGUAAUGUCUGAUUGUGUGUCCGUUUGUCCGUCCAUCCACCUCUGUGUGGUUAUCUAUUAGGUAUCUGUUUUUUAAAAGAAAUGUGUAUCCUUUAAGAUAUAACUUGCUAACUCUGACAAUGGCUAUACUCCGGCGGAGGCAUAUUGGUGACAAUGUCGUAUUCAUUCUUUUA